GGCCAAACUGAAAGAAACCAACUUCGUAUGUCACAACUCAACGUGGCAAUGAACACAGAGCAAAUACUGAAGACAUUGGGUAAAAUAUUGAUAUCUGAGCACUCUAUCAACGCACUUAGAGCCUCUCUUGCAGCUAUCGGUAUAAAUGUAGUCAUAUUCUUUGCCGUUCUUCGAAAGUAUAUAGAGUGCUUUGUGGGCAUGUUUGCCUUUGCCAUUCCGGUCAUUGUAGCACAACAUACUUACAUAGGGGCUAUGUUAGAAGCUUGUAUAAUAUAUAGUUGGGGUGGUAUGUUGUCUGUGGUCUUAGCUAUGACCGCUUUGGCUAUAUCUGAUGGCAAUGGCAUUGGGUUAUAUUUUGCAACUUUGGUGGAAGCUUUUAUCGUCUGUAUUCUUCGAACAGAACCUCAAUUUCUUGGUUAUGGUAUCGUUCUUAGUUUUCUCUUUGGAGCAAUCCUUGUCUUUGACGUGAAAGUUCCUCCUUCCGAUGCCUGGGAUAAGACUUUUCCACUAGUCGUAGCUACGGUUGCUGCUUCUGGUGCUUGUUUUAUUUCAUCUCUCGUUAUUUUUCCAAAGUCUGCAAGAAGGCAACUGAGACUUAGGUUGGCUAACAUGCUCCGCGACAUCGCGGGAAGCUUAGAUAGUCUAUCUCAGGAGUUGGUUUAUAACGUGAAUGAGAAUGAAAACUGUGGUGAUUUCACUGUAGAUAUUCGAAUGAAUGACGAUGAGACACAAAUGAAUGUACCAGAAAGUUCUUUUCCGUCAAAGCACAGUUUAGAAAUAUCAGAGUUUGGUGUUAACAGGACCAAUGCUACGAAGAUUGGGACAGAGAUUAUUGAGUCUUGUAUAAAAAUGAGAUCAUCUUUUGGAGAAUUGAAGGCAAUGGUACGCUAUAUUCCAUUUGAGCCGAAUUUAUUUCCUCCAUGGAAUGCAGAACCAGAAGAUGCAUGGUCUUCUCUUAUCGAAAAUUUAGACUCCUUACUUCUGCGAGUGGAAGCGUUAGCUGGAGUAUUGCGCCGAGAUCACUGCUUUUCCCCUAAGGUUUUGGGAAACACCGCAAAGGACCCUUUAGAAAAGUUAAAGGAAUUGCUAAACAUAUCAAAGGAUUAUACUUUACAGUUAUCAACAUGUCUCGAAAACAUCAACAGCAAGAAAUGUCCUGACGUUGCUUUUGCUGGGGACAAGUCAAAGGAUGCUUUGAAUGAGGAUAUCGUCAAUGCAAGAAGAGAGCACUGGCGCACAGAAGAAUUCUACAAUGAAAUAGAAAAUAACGUUGCUCUUGCUUAUGCUUCCUUCAUAUUUGUUGUAUUCAACAUGCGAGAUAUCUUUGACAAUCUGGAAAAAGUAGGUGAUGGAAUCCUCCAUAUCUAUAAGCGUAGGCAAGAGCUUCGUUUUGCUCCUGCAAAAAAUCUUUUGUUUUGGGUUCCAACGUUGAUUCUUCCCUUCAAGGGAUGGUUCCUCUGUCAUACGUAUAUUGGAAAGCCAGAAAAUAUUCGAUACAUAGUGAAAUAUAUGAUAUGUGUGGCAAUUAUUCUAUUUCCUACGAUGUUCGUUGCUCAGUUAUCUUCAAGUGACUUUAAUUUUACUCAAAAAUACAAUGCCAUUUCUGCUUAUAUCAUUGUGACUAUUUUAUUUUGGAGAUCUAUCGAACUGACCCGAUUUCGAGUUGUGUUAUAUUUGUCCAUUACGUUGGGUGGAAGUGCCUUGGCUUAUGCGGCUACUGUAUUUGCCCCUAAUAUGCCCUGGGUAUUAGAAAUAUGGUUGUGGUUUUGGACAUACGUGGCGCUAUUAACUGCAUAUCAUUAUCCAGGAUAUGUGAUUGGCACAUUUCCUUUAGUAAUUGCACAAUUUUUUAUCAUUAGUUGUCAGUAUGGUAAUGGCUUUACCUUUUUAUAUGCUGCUUCCAGAACAGUAUCCGUUGCUAUUGGAUGUUUGGUAGUUUCCGCCGUAUGUUAUUUUAUAUGGCCUUACAAGGGUUCCGUACAAAUUCGACAACUUUUAUGUGGUAUAAUCAAGACCUUUGAAGCUAGUUACAGCUCUCUGUUGGAUGCUUUCGUCAGUAUGAAUAGAAAUCCAGACGAUAGUGAAAACGAUGCAUCUGCAACCAAAGUGAAGGAAGUAGCUGGUAUGUUAUCCAAAGCAGAUGGAAUGAUGACUGGUUGUCGUAUGAUGUUGAUAUUUGAGUUAUCUCCAAAUUAUCUACAUAGCUCGAUACCUGUGAUUCUAAAUAACUUUUCAGCAAUAUAUAGAAGACUCGCUAUGUUACGUUUCAUUUGUGAGACACCUCCAAGAAUUUCUGGCUUCUAUACCAAUAACAUUUACUGGCAAUUCUUAGAACCACUGGAAGAUGAUAUAGGUUUCUUAACACUCUGUGUUAAGAAUGUUUUGUCUGCAGUGGGCGAGAGAGUUGGUAAGCCUCGUGAGGAGAGGACUGGACCAAAAAGAUUGGAAGAAGCUUUGUCGCAACUCUUGCAUGCAAAGAAAUGUUUAGCAAAACAUUACGAUCAGCUUCGAAGAGAGAUGUUUAAUCGUUGGAAAGCUAUUUUCUUGAAUGUUUCGACAUCAGACCUGUCUAAUUAUUCAAAUAGUAUUCAAGACUUUGGUAAGGAACCCAAAGAAAUGCAAGCAGAUGAUACAGUACGGUUUUUGGCUUGGUUUUAUUGUUUGAUUAUUACUAUUGAGAGUUUUGAACGGUUAGCUAACGAGGGUCUAAAUUUGAAAUUUGAGAAACGUGACGACCUAAAGACUAUUUUCAAGAGAAAUGCAAAGCCUAGCCUUUGAAACAUCAUAUUGGCUUCGUUAAGACGGCAAUGGCUUUGCAUUUUUUGACUCGGGCAAUAAAAUCCAGUUUGCAGCA